AUGAGCGCUACAGCGGCGAAAGUGAAAGCCCUCGUUUUCGACCUUGGGGGAGUCUUACUCAACUGGGAUCGCAACAAAGCGAGCACACUGUCGUCGGGUCAAUUUUUAAAUAUCAUGAAUUCGACUGCAUGGCAUGAUUUGGAUCGAGGACAUAUCUCUCUGGAACUUGCUUGCAUAGAAUUUAGUAAGAUACUUAGCCUCAAUGCGAGGAUCAUUGUGAAGUCACUUGAAGAGGCACAGCUAUCUCUGACAGUGAAUACGUCCCUGGUCCAAACAAUACACGAACUCCAAGCCUCUAACAUGAACCUGAAGUUUUAUGUCAUGUCGAACAUCUCAAAAGAGCAUUUUCAGAUCGUUCGAGGGCUUAACUUGCCAUGGGAUGUAUUUGAAUUGGCCUUCGCAUCCGGGGUUGAAGGCAUGCGCAAACCGGACCUGUGCUCUUUUGAAUAUCUAGUCAAGAAGAGUGGCUUCACCCCGGACCAGAUGCUCAUGAUUGAUGAUACUGUUGAGAAUAUCUGCGCCGCGAGGUCUAUUGGCAUGCACGGCAUGCUAGUUGACAAUCAAUUUGUCCGAUCUGGAGGCGCAUUGAAGAAUAUGUUCCUGGACCCCGGGUCACGAGCCAUGGCGUUCCUCAGGUCGCGCGCCGGGAAACAUCAUUGCACGGUCGAAGGUCAUGGUGACGUUGUUUUGAAAGACAACUUUGCCCAGCUUUUAAUUUGGGAGCUAACAGGCGAUGCAAAUGUUGUUUAUCUCAGAUGGCCAUCUGGCAAAGUCACCGGACAUCGAGGUAACGCAUCGCGUGAAGUGAAUGGUAUCUCACUUGAUAGGAAGGACAUCAAAAAUGGCCUUUGGAAUUACUUUUCAGAAGCUCCUGUACUAACGACUGUAGAAUUCCCACCUGAUGCUGACACAACCUCCACGGCUUACUUAUCGCUGCCUUCUGAGUACCUUGACGAUGUUGCAGAUGCCAAUAUUGUAUUGCAUGCAAUGGCGGAAAACGUUGAUCGUGAUGGUAUUAUGCAAACCUAUUUCACUAAUGAGCGGCCGCGCACCACGCCUGAAGUCUGUUGCAACAUCCUGAGAAUGUUUCACAAAUUUGGUCGCGCUUCCGAUCCCCGUAUUGUCAAAACUGAGCGUUGGGUGGUCGAUUGUUUGAGAAACAGAGCAUGUCUCGACGGCAAUCGCCACUAUUCUACAUCUGAGACGUUCUUAUAUUUCGUGUCUCGUUUGUAUGCCAUUUGUUCGACACCGCUCAAGGCAGAGUUGGAAAUUAUUCAAAAUGAGCUCGAGAACCGACUCAACAUGCCUAUCAACCCACUUGGUCUGGCAUUUCGUCUCGCUGCUUGCCAGUUCGCUGGUAUUGAGCCCGCUCUUUACCAGCGGGACUUAGAGCGCCUACUGUCAUUACAGGAAGAAGACGGUGGAUGGCCGGCGGGUCACUUCUGUUGCAUGGGUCGAACAGGUGCUCGCAUCGGAAACCGGGGUCUGACCACAGCACUCGCUCUUAAGAUCAUCAAACAUGAGAAAGAGAAAGCGAGGUGA